AUUUAUUCUAAAAUUCAGAAUGUAAGUAAAAAGAAUAGUGUUGAUAACUGGUGCCAACAGAGGCUUAGGGUUGAAACUAGCUGAAGUGCUUGCAGAGAAAUACUCUUUGGUAUUGACUGCUAGAAAGCAAGACGAAUUGGAAAAAAUUAAAGAAAACUUAUAAAAGAAAUUCUAAAAUCUUGAAAUCAGGACUCAUCAAUUAGAUGUCAGCAACAAGGAGAGUGUGAGAAAUCUCAAAGAUUGGCUUAUAUAACAACACUUAAAGAUCGAUGUCCUUGUAAACAAUGCUGGAGUGAGUUAAGACCCUAGAUAAAUAAUUGACAUCAAUGUGAUUGGAACAAUUGACGUGAGUGAGUAAUUACUUAGUACCUUGACAGAUGAUGGAAAGGUAAAUGAUGACUCUAUUAAUUUAUAGAUUAUAUUGGUCUCCUCCAUCCUUGGAAAAUUGGAUAGUCAACCAUAAGAGUUAAAAGAGCAACUAUUGGAGAGAAAAACAAAGGAAGAAAUUCUUUUACUUUCAGAGGAAUUUAUCAUUAGAAACUAAGUCAAUUUGACUGUCUACUCAGCAUCUAAGGCACUCUUAAAUGCUUAUGGUAGAUAUGUUUUGAGUGGAUUGGUUAAACCCAAUUAAUCAGUAUAUUGUAUGCAUCCAGGAUGGUAACACUAAUUAACUAAUGAAAAUAGGAUCAAAACAGAUAUGGGAGGUCCUUAAGCCCCUGGUAGUCUUGAUGAUGGAGUCGUGACCAGCCAAUAUUUAAUCAACGACCUUCCCUUCCAGAGAGAAGAGAGGUACCAUGGAAAAUAUUUUAAUGACAAGGCUCAAGUGGAAGAUUUUUGAGUAUAAAUCAUUAAAUAGUAUUUGAUUUAUUAAUAAUAAUGCAAUUACAAAGAAG